GCAGAGGAAGCCAAACAACCGGCGAAAUCGUCGCUGCUCCUCCUGCCUCCCCUCCGGCGACGGCGGCGCGGAUCUCCGUAAUCUUUUCAGCGGGGCGAAGAGGAUCCAGGCGCUGCCGCCAUGGCCGAGCACCUCGCGUCCAUCUUUGGCACGGAGAAGGACCGCGUGAACUGCCCCUUCUACUUCAAGAUCGGCGCGUGCCGCCACGGCGACCGGUGCUCCCGCCUGCACAACAAGCCGUCGGUGUCGCCGACGCUGCUGCUCUCCAACAUGUACCUGCGCCCGGACGUGAUCACCCCCGGCGUCGACGCGCAGGGUAACCCCAUCGACCCGGAGAAGAUCCAGGCCGACUUCGAGGACUUCUACGAGGACAUCUUCGACGAGCUUAGCAAGCACGGCGAGGUCGAGAGCCUCCACGUGUGCGACAACCUCGCCGACCACAUGAUCGGCAACGUGUAUGUGCAGUUCAGGGAGGAGGACCAGGCCGCCAGGGCGCUGCAGGCGCUGACGGGGCGCUACUACUCCGGCCGCCCCAUCAUCGUCGAGUUCUCGCCGGUGACCGACUUCCGGGAGGCCACCUGCCGGCAGUACGAGGAGAACAGCUGCAACCGUGGAGGGUACUGCAACUUCAUGCACGUCAAGGAGAUCGGCAGAGACCUGAGGAAGAGGCUGUUUGGUCACCUGCACAGGUCACGACGAAGCCAUAGCCACGGCCACAGCCGGAGCCCGAGCCCGUACCAUUACCGGAGGAGCUCGUCGCGGUCCAGGGACCGCGACGACGAUCACUACCGCCAUGGUGGUAGCCGGCGGAGCAGCGAGAGGCACCGCAGCUACAGCUACGACAGCGACGGCGGCAGGCGGCGGCACAGGUCAAGAACCAGGAGCCCGGUCAGGGAUGGCAGCGAGGAGAGGAGAGCUCGGAUUGAGCAGUGGAACCGUGAAAGGGAGGCUGCACAAGUCUGAGCUUUGGAUUAUUUGGCUUCUGGUUGCAAAUUUGCAAUGCUGCACUGUUUCUCAUCUUGUAUUAGUAGCAUUAUGUUGGCAUAAGGUCUUGAUUUAACUGAACCUGGAUGUCUUACCAAACUUUCAUGUCAGGUGCAUUGUUGACAGGACCUAUUUGGUGUUGAAUUUGUGCUGAUGGUUGAGUGAUCUCGGUGUUUUCAGGCACUUCAGCAUGUGUUAUGUUAUUGUGCAUGUAGUCGGGUCCCCUCUGCAUUAGUAUAGUUGUUAGUUGAAUUGCAAUGCCCAAUGCUAAUUGCAGCUUGGAUUUCAAGAUUUUUCAGACUUUCAGUAUGUUGCAUGAUUCAGUGGUUACUGAUAAACUGAGAUCAGCAGUAACUGAUGAACUCAAGUACGGUGGGAUCAUUUCUAGUUAUCAUUCAGAUGUUUCA